AUGGACGUGGCCUUCGGAUCUAGGCUUCCCUCAGACUUAGAGCAUGCGGUUUCUGUAAGCAUGCCCAAAUGGGAUCAAACCUUGGCAUUUGAAGAAAAAGACCCCGUCUAUGCUAACAAAAUGCUCACUGGAUAUCCACGCUACUACCUACAACCACCCACAAGGGAGGUCGGGCAGUAUCUACAGAGGUCGUUAGAUGAAGACUUCGAGCUCUUCCGGCCCUUUGCUUCAGCGCAAUCAGCUGAAAAAUGCGUGCAGUACGUGAAGCAACGGUUGGGGCCGGACGCCAGGGUGCUGAAACAGGUGCACACCAUUGGCUGCACGGGCAAAGACCAUUUGCAGGUUGCAGGCAUCUUUGCCUCGGGCGAUGAAGCCCCUCUGGUUCAGGAAUACUGGAAGUUUUCCGGGGAAGUCAUGUCAACUCGCUUCGCCACGUUUGUGCUUUCUCAAUUACAGCGAAAACCAGAUUUGGAGGUUCCUCAGUUUCUCGCAGCUUGUAGAAGAGAGGAGGAGAUGGGGGCCAGUGCAAAAGUCGCGCUUAGAGAACGAAUCGUGGACAGAUACUCCAAGCGCGUCUCUCAUAAAGACGUGUUCUUCUUUGCAAGCGGCAUGUCCACAAUUUUCUCCACGCGCAAAAUGAUUUUGGCAUGGACCGCUCUUCAAAGUGAGGACAUUUCAACUCACUCGACCGUGGUGAUUGGUUUUCCGUUCAAAGAUACGCCUGCGGUUAUGGACAGAUUUGGACCAAAUCAUUUUUACGGUCUUGGAGACUCCAGAGACAUCGACCAAUUGGAGAACCUGCUGCAAAGGGGAGAAACAAGAGUGGCCGCUGUUUUCACGGAGACGCCUUCGAAUCCUUUGCUCAGAUUCACUGACCUUGGGAGGAUAAGGCGUCUUGCAGAUCGGUACAAUUUCUGCUUUGUUAUUGACGAUACCAUUGGCGGUUUGAACAUCGAUAUUUUGGGUUUUGCAGAUAUCGUGUGCACAUCCCUCACUAAGCUUUUCAACGGUGCCAGUAAUGCACUGGCAGGAUCUCUUGUUGUCAAUCCUUCUUCCAAGUUCCACGGCUUUGCGGUCUCGUACUUUUCUAGUAGCGAGAUCGAGGAUUUGCUGUGGUGCCAGGAUGCUGUUGUUUUAGAAAGAAACUCCAGGGACUUUCAAGCAAGGACUUUACAGACCAACGCCAAUACUGAGAAACUUUUGAAAGACGUGCUUCUACCAGAACUUGGCACUAUUUUCAAAAAUAUCCACUAUCCAUCUCUGCACCCAGAGAGUAAAGUAAAUUAUGACGCUGUGAAAACUGAAACGGGAGGUUAUGGCUGCCUGUUGUCACUCACGUUUUUUGAGGAGGAAAGCGCACGCCGCUUUUACGAUUCGCUGAAUGUUUGCAAGGGUCCUUCCUUAGGUACCAAUUUCACUUUGGCCGUUCCAUUUGUACUGCUUGCACACUACGAAGAAUUGGACCAUGUGUACGAUUCAUACGGUGUUGAGAGAAAUCUCGUUAGAGUUAAUGUGGGACUGGAAGACGUUGAGAAAUUGAUACUCAUCUUUCGGGUGGCCAUAGACAAAGCCAGAGCUACAGAUAAUUCAUCGUGA